CCUGAGGAGCCUGAGCCUUUGGAUGGACGCGGAGGUUCCGUCCGGAAGCUGUCGUCAUGGUGGCCCCCGUGGUGUACUUGGUGGCGGCGGUUUUGCUUGUUGGCGUUAUUUUCUUCCUGACUCGUAGCCGGGGCCGGGCGGCAGUAGAGCCACUGCACAAUGAAGAGGAGCCAGGAGUAGCAGGUCGAGGGGCGCAGCCUAGGCCCCUAGAACCAGAGGAAAUAAGAGCUGGGGGCAGGCCCCGGCGCCGAAGGGAUCUGGGCAGCCGUCUGCAGGCCCAGCGUCGAGCCCAGCGGGCCUGGGCAGAGGUGGAUGAGAAUGAGGAGGCGGCCAUCAUCCCAGCCCACGAGGAAGAAGACAGUGAGAAGCCAGUGGAAACACAUGUGUCAGGGAAAAUCGGAGCCAAGAAACUACGGAAGCUAGAAGAGAAACAGGCGCGAAAAGCCCAGCGUGAGGCAGAGGAGGCUGAGCGUGAGGAGCGGAAACGCCUCGAGUCCCAACGUGAGGCAGAAUGGAAAAAGGAGGAGGAGAGGCUUCGCCUGGAAGAGGAACAGAAGGAGGAGGAGGAGAGGAAGGCCCGGGAGGAGCAGGCCCAGCGGGAACAUGAGGAGUACCUGAAGCUGAAGGAGGCCUUCGUGGUGGAGGAGGAGGGCGUGGGCGAGACCAUGACUGAGGAACAGUCCCACAGCUUCCUGGCAGAGUUCAUCAGCUACAUUAAGCAGUCCAAGGUCGUGCUCUUAGAAGACCUGGCUUCCCAGGUGGGCCUGCGGACUCAGGACACCAUCAACCGCAUCCAGGAUCUGCUGGCUGAGGGGACUUUGACUGGUGUGAUUGAUGACCGGGGCAAGUUCAUCUACAUAACCCCAGAAGAAUUGGCUGCUGUGGCUAACUUCAUCCGCCAGCGGGGCCGGGUGUCCAUCACGGAGCUUGCCCAGGCCAGCAACUCCCUCAUUGCCUGGGGCCAGCCGCCCUCUGCCCAGGCCCCAGCCUAGCCUAGCCCUUCCCUCUCGGACUCAGAAUUGGCUUGGCCUACCUACAUUUUUAUGUCUCCCCACCACCCCGGGGCAGUGACAACAUGUGGCCAGGCUGCGAUUAAAGGCCUGUGAGCAUUGCUGA